AGUAGUCAGUAGAGUGCUGCUGCUAGAGCGCUGUGCAGGGAGAAGGAGGAUUGUUGCGGAGCAGUUGUAUGUACGGUUGAACUUGUCCCACAACAUCAUGGCCGCUCAGAAGAAAGACGUGACUUACUACACGCUAGAUGAGAUUCAGAAGCACAAUGACAGCAAGAGCACCUGGAUCAUCAUCCACCAUAAAGUGUACGAUGUCACCCGGUUCUUGGAGGAGCAUCCGGGCGGAGAGGAAGUUCUACGCGAACAAGCUGGAGGAGAUGCAACAGAGACCUUUGAAGAUAUUGGGCAUUCCACUGAUGCCAGAAAUAUGUCUAAAGAUUUUAUUAUAGGAGAACUUCAUCCAGAUGAUAGACACAAAAUCCAGAAGCCUGUGGAUACCUAUAUUACCACUUCUGAUUCUGAUUCAAGCUGGUGGAGUAAUUGGAUUAUCCCUGCUAUAUCGGCUGCUGUUGUUGCCUUGAUGUAUCGUUUCUACAUAGCAGAAGCAGAAGAAUAAAUACAAUCAGAAGGAAAUACACAACAAUUAUGUUCCAGACCUUAACAUAUGAUCAUCAUUUUUUACAAUGGCCAAACAUUGUUAUUUAAUGUUUGAGCUGUGCGCAGUGUUCCUCCAACUUCAGUCUUUAAUAUUCCCACAUAUAUUAUAUUCACUUUUUAAUCCAAAUUAUAUUAAUCUGUGAAAAUGACUGGAUGAAUUAAAAUGUAUUUAUAGAGAACUUGAUGACUAAAAAUGGGCAACUUCAGUUGUCUUUCUCUUGCUUUCCUGUUUGUUUUCCUUUACUGUGUUGUAAUUCUUUAGCCACUUUCUUUACAUCAACAUUUUAGGUGGCAUCCUUUUAGCCCUGAUGCCAUUUCGGAUGUUAAAAAAUGACCAGAUAUCGCUAAUAAUGACUGAUGGUCAUUAUCACUGUAUCUAAGUAGAGGCUAUUUUCAACGGCAGAAAUUGGACCUGCGAUCACAUGAAAACACGUGGAAUCGGAGAUAAAUCCCCGAUCCCAUGAAUUAUCACUUCCGCAGGUCACUUAUCGGAAAUUAUGCUCAGGCACCCAAAGCAUAAUCCCUGAUAGGUGCUGGCAUUGGGGCUAAUAGGAUAGUCCCUGGCAAUCCUAUUAGCAGCAGUAAAGUACCGCUGCUAAUAGGAUAGCGCCCUAUGUCUUUUGCUCAUUUAUUUUCAGCGAAUAAGGCCUUUGUGUUAAACAAUUUGCUCCUUUAAAUCACUAAAUGAUGCAUAGAUUAUGUUGAUUCCUGUAACAUAUUAUGCUGUUCAAAUAGCCAAAGAUAACCCAGCUAAAGCUUUUAAUUAAUGAGCAACUAUUGUGAUAAUCUUCAUUAUAAUGGUUCUAAAUGGACUACCUAAACAGUGUAAAAUCAAUUACUAAUCAUGGUUUUGAUGGUUAAACAUGUAUCAAGUAUUGUAUAUGCUAAAGUUGAUUAUCUAAAUGUCUGUAUGAAGAACAAAACAUAAUAGAGAGUACAUUAGAAAGCACAGAACUCUGUGUUCAAACUACUCUCUUAGGUGUUUGACUGAAUAGCUGAUAGUGUUCAGUGUAAUGUUAUUUAUGCAAAGCAGAGCAGAAUUAAGUCAAGGGUGUAUUAUUACACAGUGUCUGAUUUGUGCUUUCAUAGGAAAUAUAGGUAGGAAAAAAGAGUUGAUGUGUCGGUAUUCCAGAAUUUAAGUUUAAUUAAAACUAGCACUACAAACUUAAAAAAUAUCUCACUAAAAUGUGUAUUCUGUACUGUUUGCACUUAACAUUAACAUUAUUUUCUUCACCGCUGUAUGGAAUCAUGCAAGACAAAAUAAAUAACUUCCUAUAUCUGGUCAUUUUCAGCUUAUAUGAUUCAUUGUGGAAGAAAAGAAAAUGGUUAUCAUUUCCAUGAAUCCCUUUUUCCAUUUUACCUGAUUUGUAUGUAUGAUAUCCAUGCUAGGUUAUCUAGACCUAUAAAGGGGUACUUAUUCCACUGCAAUGUUUGAUAAUGAUUUAGUCAGCAUUGGUAACUUUGGGAGCCAGUGCAAUGCUACUUUGUGACCAUUUUUCCAUUGCUACUAUUGCAGCUUGCGUGACCAGCAUAUCUUUCAGGGUCCAGCAGUAUGCCAGUAAAUUAAUAUUAAUUGUUCCAACCAUGCACUCUAACUUUGUACCCUGUAAUGUUACUUAUUAUGAUGCAUGCAUAUCAAGUGGUGUGGCACUGUUUUUUAAGGUAUCCGGAUAAAGCUUCCAUAUGGAUUUUCUAUUUUGAAUUUACAGCAACAUUGAUUUAGUAGUAAUUUUAUACUCUGAAGCAAUUUUAAGGGGAAUUUUUGUUUCUCCAUUUUUUUCUAUUUGGUAUAAUUUGUUCAUUAUGCAAUUAAACUGAUAAAACAAUGGUAUUAUUUUUGA